GGGGCAGGCGGGCAGCGGCCAUUUUGUGGUAUUGCGCGGUCGCUCCGUGUUCAGUCGCUCUCAAUCUCCCUCCCGCUCUCGGACAUACUGUUCAUCGGUUAGCAGCGGCAGCGCCAACAGCUUUUCGUUCCCCAAACGUCUUUCUACUAAUAUCGCAUGUCCACUAUUCAGAACCUCCAAUCUUUUGACCCCUUUGCUGAUGCAACUAAGGGUGACGACCGCCUCCCGGCAGGGACUGAAGAGUACAUCCAUAUAAGAAUUCAGCAACGUAACGGCAGGAAAACACUGACCACAGUCCAAGGCAUUGCUGAUGAUUAUGACAAGAAGAAGCUUGUGAAAGCCUUUAAAAAGAAAUUUGCUUGCAAUGGUACUGUGAUAGAGCACCCUGAAUACGGUGAGGUAAUCCAGCUUCAGGGUGAUCAGCGGAAGAAUAUCUGCCAAUUUCUACUGGAGGUUGGCAUUGUGAAGGAGGAGCAGUUGAAAGUCCACGGCUUCUAAAGGAUGUGUUUAUCAGCUGAGGUUUCUUGUAUGGCUGGUUCUCUUUAUAUUUGUUAGCUAAUUAUAUAUAGAUGCACACACACAUGUACGUAUACUAUGCAGAAAUGAAUUACUGCAGUAAGUGGACUUCCCAUGUGAUUGGAACUUCAGAAUUUAACUCUGAUAUGCAUGAUGACAGAGAAAGUAUGCUAUUUAGGCUGGUAACUCAUAAGAAAACCACUAUAAGAUGGUAACUAAAAUGCCAGACAUGUAUAUUUAGCACAUUUCCAAUGGAAAUGUUUAGUGCUAAUUGUUCUACUUAAACUUUCCUGAUUGAGUUUUUGUUGUAUUAAAACCAUGUAUGUUGUAUAAGGCAAUUAACAAUAAACCAGCUAUGUAUUCUGACAUGUAA